CCCCCAUCGUAAUUCUAAAAUUCUACUCCUUUAUCUCUUUUAAUUAUUCUUCUUUGAACAAUUCUUUUCUCAUAUAUAUCUUCAUAAGUUUUUUUUAUCUUCAUUUUCAUUUUGGAAUAAUACUAAUGCGUAAUAUAUAUAGCCAAUGUUUUAUUAAUUAUGAUUUGGGGCUUCACUGUCUUGUUGACGGAAUUGAUAUUUGUUUCCGAUCAAUUCGUAACCAUGAAGCUAUAUCAUAUGUAUUCAGCUCGCCAUUGAUGGAUAUAUAUCGAUUGCAAUCUUCACAUUGGUUGCAAAUAUUGGUGGUUGAAAACAUGCCUUCUUUCAUAGUCUCACAUUAAUUCAUAUGUUUAUUAUUUGCAAAGUUAAACUUUAUUUAUUUUUCUUUUCAUAUUUUUGUUAGUCAUUUGAUAAAAUAAUAUAGUCUUGUCAUCACUAGUUUUGCACGAAGUAAAUCUUUUGAUCUAGUUUUUAAAUGUGUAAAUUUUUUAGUUUUAAACCAUUUUCAUAUAAAAUGAUUUGAAAUUAACUUCAGACCACAUCGUAAACUGAAAUAAUAUAGUCUUAUCAUCACUAGUUUUGCACGAAGUAGAUCUUUUGAUCUAGUUUUUAAAUAUGUAAUUUUUUUUAGUUUUACACCAUUUUCAAAUAAAAUGAUUUGAAAUUAACUUCACACCACAUCGUAAACUGAAACAGACGAUUUAGAUUGGAACGGAGGAAACAUAAUUCUACACAUUUGUUGCAAUAUACUCCAUCGGUCCCAAAAAAAAGUCACAAUUAGUGUUUUGGGCCUCUGGAUAAUUUUUCAACAAAAAAAAAAUUUACAACUUAAUAUCUAUCCUUAAUAGAGUAUCUUUCAUGUACUCCGGGUAUGUAUUAUUUUAAUAUCACUUCUGUUCGUCUUGGGUGGGCGUUCCAUCUUUUUUUAAUAUCACCUCUAUUGUGUACAAAUCUUUGAUCCCUCCAUUUUUCCCUAACGGUGGUGGCGCCACGUUAGAGCUAAGCCGGCGAAGAAGAAGAGAGACAACGGUGGACCCCGCCUAGGGGUUGUUGGAGAGGAAGAAGAAGAAAAAAGAAAUAGAAAAGGAAAAAGAAAAAAAGCGUUAAAUUCUUUUUAUUGACUUGAAUGACAAUCAAAAUGUUUUUGUUGUUGAAAGAUUUGCUAAAUUUUGAAUACGCAUCUUCAUGAUACAAAAUAAAGUUUGUAUAUUUAAUUGAAGUAACAUUCAAACUUUGACUACGGUUGUAUACUCAUGGAAUGUUAGUUCGGAGUAUAUACGAACUAUUAAGGCAAAAAAAUAUGGAAGGGUAAAGGCAUCACCUAUUAGAAACUUGUCAUCAAGCCAUGCUUGUUGGUGUAGGUAGUCAAAUGUUGUAAAAUCAUUCUUAUAAAUUGGAAAAUUUGAGACAUUCUACCGUUUCUACUUCUUGUAUUGUGUUUUGAUCAUAAAUUAUAACAUGUAAGGAUGUCUACUAAUCUUGGAGACGACAGAUUAUUACGCUCUCUAACGUUAUUUAUCACUCUCCCCUUUCAAUUUCAGAUCUCUCUCUCUCUCUGAGAUCGAAAUUUAUUCUUUUGGAGGGUUCGCUUUUUCAGCGAUCUAUCUCCUUGAUUGCGAUAAACCGCUCCGCAAUCACAUUUCCCGAAACCGUUUGUUGCGGCGGUCCACGUGAUUUGCAGGCCGGGAGCUCUGAUUUUGCUCCGCCAUGGCGGCCGCCAACGCUCCGAUCACUAUGAAGGAGGCUCUCACGUUAUCCAGCAUAGGGGUUAAUCCGCAGUUUAUCACAUUUACAAAUGUCACUAUGGAAUCGGACAAGUUCAUCUGUGUCAGGGAGACUGCCCCUCAAAGUAGUGUUGUGAUCAUUGAUAUGAACGCCCCAAUGCAGCCUAUGAGACGACCUGUUACAGCAGAUUCAGCUCUUAUGAAUCCUGCAUCCAGAAUAUUGGCUUUGAAAGCCCAAGUUUCAGGAACUACUCAAGAUCAUUUACAAAUAUUCAAUAUUGAUGCAAAACAAAAAAUUAAAUCAUACCAGAUGCCUGAACAGGUUGUUUUCUGGAAGUGGAUUACACCAAAGCUGCUAGGUCUAGUCACACAAAUCUCUGUUUAUCAUUGGCCAAUUGAAGGUGACUCUGAGCCAGCAAAGAUGUUUGAUAGAACGGCAAAUUUGACAAACAACCAGAUAAUCAAUUAUCGAUGCGAUCCUACAGAGAAAUGGUUGGUUUUGAUUGGGAUUGCUCCAGGUUCACCAGAGAGGCCUCAACUUGUUAAAGGGAACAUGCAACUAUUUUCAGUGGAUCAACAGCGCAGUCAAGCUCUUGAAUCCCAUGCUGCGGCAUUUGCCACUUUUAGAGUGAUAGGAAAUGACAAGGACUCUAUUCUGAUUGCUUUUGCAACAAAAAGCUCAAAUGCUGGUCAGAUCACAUCAAAAUUGCAUGCCAUUGAGCUAGGAGCCCAACCAGGAAAACCGUCCUUUACAAAGAAACAGGCAGAUCUUUUCUUUCCUCCUGACUUUGCUGAUGAUUUCCCAGUUGCGAUGCAGAUAUCGCAUAAAUACAGUUUAAUUUAUGUAAUUACGAAGCUUGGACUUCUAUUUGUCUAUGACCUUGAAACGGCUACUGCAGUAUACAGAAAUAGGAUCAGUCCAGACCCUAUUUUUUUGACGGCAGAAGCUUCAUCUGUGGGGGGUUUCUAUGCUAUCAAUAGGCGAGGCCAGGUGCUGCUUGCCACAGUGAAUGAAGCAACACUUGUGCCCUUUGUUAGUGGCCAAUUGAAUAAUCUGGAACUUGCUGUCAAUCUUGCCAAGAGAGGAAACCUUCCUGGUGCUGAGAAUCUGGUGGUAAAGCGUUUCCAGGAGUUAUUUGCCCAAGCUAAGUAUAAAGAGGCAGCCGAGCUUGCUGCAGAGUCUCCCCAAGGCAUUCUUCGCACUUCUGAUACUGUUGCCAAAUUCCAGAGUGUUCCCUUUCAAGCAGGACAAACACCGCCAUUGCUUCAGUACUUUGGGACACUUUUAACUAGAGGAAAACUCAAUGCAUUUGAGUCAUUGGAACUUUCACGCCUUGUUGUGAACCAAAAUAAAAAGAACCUCCUGGAGAACUGGUUGGCAGAAGAUAAGCUGGAGUGCAGCGAGGAACUUGGGGACUUAGUAAAGACUGUUGAUAAUGCUCUGGCAUUGAAGAUAUACAUCAAAGCGAGGGCAACUCCAAAAGUUGUUGCAGCAUUUGCUGAACGCAGGGAAUUUGACAAGAUUUUGAUAUACUCCAAGCAGGUUGGAUAUACACCUGACUAUCUUUUCCUCCUGCAAACAAUUCUCCGAUCUGAUCCUCAGGGAGCUGUAAAUUUUUCCCUUAUGAUGUCCCAAAUGGAGGGGGGCUGUCCUGUUGAUUACAACACAAUAACUGAUCUGUUUCUUCAGAGGAACAUGAUUCGUGAGGCUACGGAAUUUUUACUGGAUGUUCUGAAACCAAACCUUCCAGAGCAUGGUUAUCUGCAAACAAAGGUGUUAGAGAUAAAUCUUGUCACUUUCCCAAAUGUGGCGGCUGCAAUUUUAGCAAACGGAAUGUUUAGCCACUAUGAUCGUCCACGAAUUGCUCAACUUUGUGAAAAAGCCGGCCUUUAUGUGCAAGCUCUCCAGCACUACAAUGAACUCCCUGAUAUUAAGCGCGUCAUUGUGAAUACACAUGCAAUUGAGCCUCAGUCUCUGGUCGAAUUUUUUGGUACACUAUCACGUGAGUGGGCGUUGGAGUGCAUGAAGGAUCUUUUACUGAUUAAUCUAAAGGGAAACCUUCAGAUUAUUGUUCAGGUUGCAAAAGAAUACUGUGAACAGUUGGGUCUUGAUGCAUGCAUAAAACUUUUUGAGCAAUUCAAGUCAUUUGAUGGAUUGUAUUUCUUCCUAGGAUCAUACUUGAGUUUAAGUGAGGAUCCUGAAAUUCACUUCAAGUACAUUGAGGCGGCUGCAAAGACGGGACAAAUCAAGGAGGUUGAACGUGUUACAAGAGAGUCCACUUUCUAUGACCCUGAAAAAACAAAGAACUUUUUGAUGGAAGCCAAACUUCCUGAUGCCCGACCUCUGAUUAAUGUAUGUGACCGCUUUGGUUUUGUUCCAGACCUCACUCACUAUUUAUACACAAAUAACAUGCUAAGGUACAUUGAAGGUUACGUCCAAAAGGUUAAUCCCGGAAAUGCUCCAUUAGUUGUUGGACAGCUUCUGGAUGAUGAGUGCCCUGAAGAUUUCAUUAAGGGAUUGAUCCUAUCUGUACGAUCUCUGCUUCCAGUUGAGCCCUUGGUUGAAGAAUGUGAGAAAAGGAAUCGUCUUCGACUGCUUACUCAAUUUUUGGAGCAUCUUGUGAGUGAAGGGAGCCAAGAUGUGCAUGUUCACAAUGCACUGGGUAAAAUCAUAAUUGACAGCAACAACAACCCAGAGCACUUCCUUACAACCAACCCAUAUUACGAUUCACGUGUUGUGGGUAAAUAUUGUGAGAAGCGUGAUCCCACUCUUGCUGUUGUUGCAUACCGGAGAGGGCAGUGUGAUGAUGAGCUUAUUAAUGUAACUAGCAAAAACUCAUUGUUCAAGCUUCAGGCCAGGUAUGUAGUGGAAAGGAUGGAUGGUGAUCUUUGGGAGAAGGUUCUGAACUCUGAAAAUGAAUUCAGAAGGCUGCUUAUCGAUCAAGUCGUAUCGACUGCUCUUCCUGAAAGUAAGAGCCCAGAACAAGUGUCUGCAGCAGUCAAAGCAUUCAUGACUGCUGAUCUUCCACACGAGUUAAUUGAGCUUCUUGAAAAGAUAGUUCUCCAAAACUCUUCUUUCAGCGGGAACUUCAAUUUGCAGAACUUGCUUAUCUUGACUGCCAUUAAAGCAGACUCCUCUAGGGUUAUGGACUACAUAAACAGACUUGAUAACUUUGGUGGACCUGCAGUUGGUGAAGUGGCUGUUGAGGCCCAACUGUAUGAAGAAGCUUUUGCAAUUUUCAAAAAGUUCAACUUGAAUGUCCAGGCUGUGAGAGUUCUUCUAGAUAAUGUUAGGGACAUUAAUCGGGCUGUGGAGUUCGCUUUCCGUGUUGAAGAAGAUGCAGUGUGGAGUCAGGUUGCCAUUGCUCAGCUUAGAGAGGGAUUAAUUAGUGAUGCUAUUGAGUCAUUCAUUCGUGCAGAGGACGCCACCCACUUCUUGGAAGUUAUCCGUGCUGCUCAGGAUGCGGAUGUUUAUCAUGACUUGGUGAAGUAUCUGUUGAUGGUAAGGCAGAGAACAAAGGAACCCAAGGUUGACAGUGAACUUAUCUUUGCAUAUGCCAAAAUUGAUCGGCUGGGUGAGAUAGAGGAAUUUAUUCUCAUGCCGAAUGUUGCUAAUCUGCCCAAUGUUGGUGAUCGUUUGUUUGAAGAAGGUUUAUAUGAAGCUGCAAAGAUAAUUUUUUCCUUUAUUUCUAAUUGGGGAAAACUGGCAAGCACACUUGUAAGGUUGAAGCAGUUCCAAGGUGCCGUUGAUGCUGCUCGCAAGGCAAAUAGUGCAAAGACGUGGAAAGAUGUCUGCUUUGCUUGUGUUGAUGCUGAGGAGUUCCGAUUGGCUCAGAUUUGUGGGCUUAACAUCAUUGUGCAGGUGGAUGACCUAGAAGAAGUGAGUGAGUACUAUCAAAACCGGGGAUGCUUCAAUGAAUUAAUAUCUCUUAUGGAGAGCGGGCUAGGAUUGGAGCGUGCACAUAUGGGUAUCUUCACCGAGCUUGGUGUAUUGUAUGCCAGAUACCGACAUGAGAAGCUGAUGGAACACAUCAAAUUGUUCUCAAGCCGUCUAAACAUUCCUAAACUUAUCCGAGCAUGUGAUGAGCAGCAACAUUGGAAGGAGCUUACUUAUCUCUACAUCCAAUAUGAUGAAUUCGACAAUGCUGCAACUACUGUCAUGAACCAUUCACCAGAUGCUUGGGAUCACAUGCAGUUCAAGGAUAUUGUCGUUAAAGUUUCCAAUGUUGAGCUCUAUUACAAGGCCGUUCACUUCUAUUUGCAAGAACAUCCUGACCUGAUUAAUGAUCUUCUAAAUGUCCUCGCCCUAAAGGUGGACCACACACGUGUGGUAGACAUUCUUAGAAAGGCCGGCCACCUGUGUCUGGUGAAGCCAUAUAUGGUUGCUGUUCAGAGCAACAACGUUUCCGCUGUUAACGAGGCCCUUAAUGAGAUAUAUGUUGAGGAAGAGGACUAUGAUAGACUACGAGAAUCUAUUGAAUUACAUGACAGCUUUGAUCAAAUUGGCCUUGCACAAAAGAUUGAGAAACAUGAGCUUCUUGAGAUGAGGCGUGUUGCUGCUUCUAUUUACAAGAAGGCAGGUCGGUGGAAGCAAUCCAUUGCUCUUUCCAAGAAAGAUAAUCUAUACAAAGAUGCCAUGGAGACGGCCUCACAAUCUGGGGACCGUGAACUUGCUGAGGAGUUGCUUGUUUAUUUCAUUGAUCAGGGAAAGAAAGAGUGCUUUGCCUCAUGCCUCUUUGUAUGUUAUGAUUUGAUCCGCCCAGAUGUUGCUCUUGAACUCGCCUGGAUCAAUAAAAUGAUAGACUUUGCCUUCCCUUAUCUGUUACAGUUCAUUCGUGAGUAUACAGGCAAAGUUGAUGAACUAAUCAAAGACAAAAUCGAGGCACAAAAUGAAGCAAAGGCAAAGCAAAAUGAAGAAAAUGAUAUUAUGAAACAACAGAAUAUGUACGCUCAGCUGCUCCCGCUUGCUUUACCCGCGCCACCAAUGCCAGGAAUGGGUGGGGCUUAUGGUGGACAGCCACCGCCCAUGGGGAUGCCACCACCAUUUGGCAUGCCACCCAUGGGUCCAUACUAACCUGCAGGCAUAUACACUCUACACGAUUGUUUACCAAAAUGAUUAUGAGGACAAAGUCGGAAGCCAAUUAUUCAGUUAGGGGACAAGCUGAGGAUGUGAUUGUCUUUUUGCUUGCUGAUUAUUAGCCCAACUUUGUACUUAAUUUUGUGGUUUGAGACAUUGAAAGUCUUUUUCUCUUUGUAUAUAUGAUUGAUGAAUGAUAUAUAUGUCCCAGUUUCUAAUUGCUCUUCUACAGUAUUUUUGUAGCUUUGAUCUCAUUUACUUUACAAUUCCCCUGUGUGUAGUUAGAUCACGUUUGGCAAUCUCGAAUAACCAACGUUUG